GCGAGGAGGAUGGUUACGCGUUACGCGCCGCGGAGCGUACGGCGGCGGCUGUAAGGUUUAGGGGUUUGUGAUAUUUCGCGCCCGCGAAGGGAGGAGGCGAGAGGGAAGCGAGAGGGUCCGGGCGCGGAGAGCGGAGCGGAGCGGCGCCGGGCGCGUGACGCGAUGAACGCGACGAGCCUGUACGUGUCGACGUGUCGGCUGGUGCUGCAGGCCGACGCCGACGACUCCAACUCCUGGACGGAUCUCUACAGGCUGGUGCCGUAUCUGCGGCAGAGCCUCAGCUGCACCGUGUGCUCGAACCUGCUGAUCGAGCCGCACACGCCGACCGAGACCAACUGUCAGCAUCACGUGUGCCGCGGUUGCCGCGGCGGCCGCAAGAAGCUCAAGCCGUCGUGCGGCUGGUGCAAGGACUACGACAAGUACGUGGAGAACGUGCAGUUGCGGAUACUGCUGCAAUGCUACAAGAAACUAUGCGAGUAUCUCACCAGCACCAACAUCUAUCGCACCCUGUUGCUCACCGUCACGUCUGCCAGCAACUCCACCACCAACGGCGCCCCGUCCACCAUCGGUGCCACCAGCCUGAUGGAGCUCAUCCAGGAAGGCGCCGGCUUCAAAGAUGAGUUCAAGAGCAACGCCGGCCUGUCCAAAUCCGCUUACAGUAUCUUACCGUGCGUUUAUACCAGCACUACCUCCACUCAGACGCAGGGCAAUAACAUCCAGACUACUGAGGCGAUAUCCCAGAGCAUACCUGAGUCACCAACGAUUCGUACGGUAUCAAACGGAUCUUCCAUAUAUUCCGUAAUGUACGCUGGAUCUGGUAACAAAAUUACGAUAAAACGGAAAGCGGCUGCUACGGAAGACACGGAAAACACGGGGCAACAGGAGACGGAUGGAAGUCAGCACGGCUCUGUAGGAGGGGUAAAAUGCAUUCCGUCUUCCCACCUUAAAUAUGGGACUCCUUCUGAGAAAAAAUCUUCAAAGAGCAGCAAAUCUUCGGGCAGUUUUAAAAAGCCAAGGUCGAGUUCUGCUAGAAGUAAAAGAAAAGGAUGCAGAUGUGGUAAUGCCACCGCGAUACCUGGGAAACUUACCUGUUGUGGUCAAAGGUGUCCUUGUUACGUCGAAAGUAAGCCCUGCGUGGAGUGUAGAUGUAGAGGUUGCAGAAAUCCUCAUACGGCAGAUGGAUUGAAGAUCCGUCCACAUAUACCUGAACUUCAUAAUUUACAAUUACAAUUGUCCACUUCCUUGGAUUGCGACGCGCUAAGUGGAGAUCCUUUAGGAUCCGUGCCGCAGUGUCUCUCGACGUCUCCCACAACGAUACAAGUGUUAAAUGUGUAUUCUACUCCGAGACUAGACAUUGACAAUGUACCACAGAACUUACCCGCUGCCUUGUUAGUAGGGGAAGAUGCUAUGGUAAGUACUGAAAGUGAGGCGGAAGAUAGUGAUAUACAGAUCGAUGUGUGACAAAGUAUUUAAACGGACAUCGUGAGGAACUAUACCGUACCAGUGAUUAUCCAAGUGUGACAAGUACACCUCUCAACAGAGAAAAACGCGUUAUGUAAAUAGCUCAACUAGAACCAUUAAAAGAAACAAUUAUGAGAAUCAAAAACAUGUAAUUACGAAUUUGCAAGGGUAAAUUAGUUUAGAGAAAUAUAUCGUAUAUAAGAAAUGGGGCAGUUUACGUAUGGUUCACUAUUUGAAUAUUUGUAAAUAUUUCAAUAUAACGCAAAAAAUACAGAUAUUUAAUAUGAUGCUUAAUCAUGGUGACAGUCAAUUUUGCCUAUAAAAUUAAUCACUGUUAUGAUUUAGCAUCUACUAUUUUGUUACAUAUGAUGCGUUAUAUGCGUUAGCGCUUCUAAAAUUAUGCGAACACUCGCGUAAUCUGAACAUAGUUCAGUUAAUUGUAUAGUAUAAAAGGCAAGUUUCAUAAAACAAAAAUAUUUCUUAUUGAUUAGCUGUAUCACAGUAAUUUUAAUAACAGAUGAAAGUGUUCCGUUUAUACAUCCUGUAUUUAUGUAUAAUGCUGAUUACUCGAUUUUAUAUAUUGUAUUUCAUGAAUAUAUUGGAGCAUGUUUUUGAUCGACACAUGUAUGCUAAAUGAUAUUCAUCUGUUCGUUCAACAAUUUGGGAAUUUUUAUAAUAAAUUUAGCUUACUGAGACCACAAAUACACGAAUUAUCAAGAGAAUUAGUUGAGAUACCGCAAGUUAAAUUUAAAUAUACAAAAGCCGAUGAAUUUAAUAUUUACGCGUCAAAAAAAUAUCCCGUUCAACUUGCCAGUUGUACAUACAAUGACAAAAAGAUCGUUAUCUAUUUUGCAUACUGAUUUUUACAAUCUCUAAGUAUAAAACGCAGCGUGUGUGGAACAGUGAUCUGUUAAAUUAUCCUACAAUUUAGGAUUGCAUCGAAAUAAUACUCUAAGUGAAUCGCGUACACUAACAAAAAAAUCUAAAUAAAUAAUAAACGCGAAGAGUGACGUCUAUAGUCUAUACGUAAUACGGAUUGUAAAAAUUGUUUAUUUUAUUUUAUAGGAAGUUGCAAAUGUAUUUAGAUAACCAUGAAGUUCUUAUUUGCCUAAAAUUUGAAGUUGAAAACGAUUUCAAUAAAACGUUACUAUCAGGGUUAGAGUUACCAGUAGGCACUAUAGACAUCGGCCUAGAACCGAAAUUUUUCACAAAAUUGUCUUUAAUAAAAAAGAUAUAAUUUUAUUAUGUUAUAUUUCAAGAAAAGAAAUAUUGAAUAUAUAUUUAAUAACUUACACUUUCUUUAAUUAAACAUUCUUUUCUCUUCUAAUUUAGCCACAAUUUGGAUUAUGUCAAUUAAAAAGACGAAUGGCAUUUAAACAAACUAGCUUUCUUUUCAGUAGCACUAUUUACGUGUCUAUAGGCAGCAAACGGGUAAAUCCGAUCCUGGUUAUUGUAUAUAUUGCAUAAAACUUAUUUUUUUACGUAUAAAGGUAUCUUAUGUAUCUCAAAGACUUGUAAGCUGUAUCGAAAAAUAUUUCUGUUGAAUUAUUUGUAAUAUAAAUAAUAUCAAUAUUAUAGCAAAUUUUGGGAUAUUAUUCUAUUCACGCGAGUAUAAUUAAAUGUGUUAAUCAUUCAUUAAUGCAUACGAAACAUUAGUACAAAAUUAUGAAAUAUACGUAGGAUACUCUUUAUUUUUGCGUACGAUUGUGUGUUCGUGGGUACAUGCGUGUAUGUACGUGAGCUCUUCUGGAGCAUUUAUGAAUCCAUCAAUCGUUAUUUGUAAUCGCACUUAAAUACAAAUAGCGUACAUUUUUCUCUUUCUCUCAAUUCUUUCACGAUAGUCAACAAUAGAAUAUACUUUCACAAUAUGUAAUUGUGUGAUCUCAUAGCUAUCUGGUGGUAGUUUGCGAUAAGAAGGUUCGUGCAGCGAUCGUGCAAAGAAAAGAAUUCAUAAAGGAAAUGCACAUGCAUAUAGGCUAAUUCCUCUUUAAAUAAAAAGCGAAAAGAUUGAUACACAGCAUAUAACGUACACGUACUCGCUUAUACGUUAUAUAAAAAUAAGGCAAUAUACAAUAAAGCUCAACAUAAGAUAAAAUUAAUAUAUAUAUAU